GCAAGGUACAUAUCUCAUUUCUCGACUCUGGUGAUAUUGCAAUGGGUAGUGUAAUAUCAUGCGUGUGAUUCCAGAAUUCUCAGGGUUUUUGGUUAUCAUUUGGUGUGUCAUGGACGAGGUAUAGCGGGUGGAGAAGAGCGCGGAACGGAGGGCGGUGAGAUGCUAUGGUUCGGAGAACCUGGGGUAAAGAGCGCGGAGUAUACGGAAGCCUUCUGGAUCUGAUGCAGGAAAAUGUUGCGUACGUGGUGCCAAUGUGCCAAUCAGGGAUGCCCGGGAGGACUGGUGGUCAUAGCAGCGCUAUUAUAGGAGGAGGUUGUGUUGAAGGAGGUGGCAACGGGGACAGCGCUGUUCAUGACAGGUGCUUGGCCAGGUGGUGCUACGCGACAUGCACUCUCGAGCAGUCAGCUUGCGGCGUGACCUAAGUGUGCCUCGCCAAAGCUACGUUGAGAAGAACGUUGAGAAGGUUGAAGGAGAAGGGUCCGAAUCCUUUCGACACGGGUAUAUCCAGCCAUCAGAAAGAUCGAAUUGUGAAAACCGGGGCUUGCGAAACGGGUGGUUGGUCGAAUGUUAUUCGAGUCUCUUCGGCUCGGUACGUACUGUGAGAUGCUUGCUCUGCCGCAUCUGCACAUCACUUCGGGCCGUGGCCGCAUGUGUGGGCAUCCAUUGUGCCCGAGUGGUCGUGCUUGGAGAACACAACGGGACGAAGAGAGUAAGACGGGAUCCGUUCUCUCGGGCUUCUCGAAAUACUACGACGAAUUUGAGAAUACGGAAAGCGGUCAGGACCAGAGAUUACAGAGUACGGCACGUUCGUGAUGGCGCGAACCUGGUUUUGGGAUGCGAAUACACUACCAGCACGGAGGUCUCACUCUGCAAGAUCCAGGAAAGCCCUGGGGAAGUUAUUUCGGAAGUUGUUUAUCCAUAUGAACAGAACGAACGGUGCUGCCACGCGGAUAAAAUUGGUGACUGGCGAACGUCAGCAGGGUCCGGAGAGUCGGGUUUGACAUUCUGUGGUGGCCUAUGAUGCGUUGUGUCCAGUUGUCGGGGGUGACAUUUAAUAUGGGAGCGGAGCUUAUAGCCAAGCGCUGACCACCCUCUCGAAUUCAAAGCAAGGAAC